AUGAAUUGUCCCCAGAGAGAUCUUGCAUGCUUUUCCUGUGGAGUGUUAGGGCAUCGUAUUAAAGAUUGUCCCGUUAUAAGAAAAGAUGAAAGCAAAGCCUCGGUACAACAACCAAAGAGAGUGGGUACUUCAACCCAAAAGGAGGAGGUGCCCAGGGCACGAGCCAGUGCUUUUCAAAUCACAGUAGAGGAGGCAAUGAAGGAACCGGACGUCAUAACAGGUAUUUUCCUUCUCAAUGAUAGAUCUGCAUGCAUUUUAUUUGACUCGGGAGCCACAAAUUCUUUUGUGUCAAUUUAUUAUACUUUGUACCUCGAUUCUGUGCCAAUCAUGCUUGAAAAACCUUUUAAUGUCGAGACUGCGAACGGAGUAACACUCGUAGCUGAUAAAGUUUAUAAAGACUGUAAAUUAGACUUAGAUGACCAUGAGUUCACGGUCGAUUUGAUUCAAAUGGAUAUUCAUAACUUUGAUGUGGUAAUUGGUAUGAAUUGGUUGACGAAGAACCGAGCAGAAAUCAUUUGA